AUGAGACGGCCUCGCCCAGCCGUCUUAUACAAAGAGAACUCUGUUGAGGAUUACUCAGAUUUGAUCAUGGCUAACGAGGAUGUCCUCGACCGCAGCUCGGAGUAUUUCACGAAUUGGACGAUGACCCUGACUCUCCGACACACGACAAAGACUGGCAUUUCGAGGAUGAACUGGCUGGCCAUCAUCCGCAACUACGAAAACAGUUCCAAUAUCGCCCGUGACAAGUAUGCCCGUCUACGCAAUCAGGUCGAAGAUCUGGUCGGCUCUCUGAAAACGUCUCAAGAUGAGGAUGUUCUCGCGGAGAUCUCCGAACAGCUUCUCACCGUAGUGGUGAAUGCUAUCAUCUACAAUGACUACGAGAUUCAAGAAAAUCCCUGCUUCGUCGGUGGUAUUCCCAUCCAAAUGUUCCAGACGUCCACUCUCACACUCCAGAUGUUCAUCAGCGCAGGCGGUCUCAACGUCUUGGUGGAGUUCCUCGAGGAUGACUAUGAAGACGAACGUGAUCUAGUCCUGAUCGGAGUGAAUGGCAUCUGUAGAGUGUGUUUGAGUUGCAGGGAUCUACGCCGUAAAACGAUUUUUGCAAGAAUAUUGUCCCGUAACUCUGUUCUUGAUCCGCUCUCUCUUGUGCUGAGUCGAGUCUUAGAUGAAGAUGGAGAAUUGGCCGAGGUCAUUGAGGGCCGCAUUGCAAACACUUUUUUCAUCUUUUCGCAGGCCGAAAACCACGUUAAAGAGAUGGUUGCGGAGCGCACAAGCGGUCCACUGACAGUUCUUGCAGGUGUUCUCAAGGAAUUGCGGCGGAUGUCUCCCGUGCAUCAGGUCACGAUGCUGAAGUUUAUUCAAAACUUGUCAAUGCUAUCCACAACGCUGGACGCCCUCCAGAAUUCCAACGCCAUCGACGUACUUACUGAGCUUCUUCAGUCUACCAUGGGCCGCAGUCACUUCCGCGAAGUGUCUAACCAGAUCCUCAACACCAUCUACAACAUGUCGUUUGAACAAGACUCGACAGGAAGACGCAGCAUCGAAUAG